AUGGCGGUAGAGCAAGCGAUCAAAAGAGUCCAGAACAGCGCACUUUGGAGAAACUACAUGAUCAAAAAGGAGGAACUGGAAGACAAAAACAAACACACGAAAAAUGAAAAGCGUCUCUUCCACGGCACUGGCCCUGAUAAGACAGAUCAGAUAAACAAUCACGGCUUCAAUCGCAGCUUCGCUGGCAUGCAUGGAGCCAUGUAUGGGAAUGGAACAUAUUUUGCUGUGGACCCCAAUUACUCAGCCCAAGGCUACUCUGCACCUGAUGCCAAAGGACAUAAACGCAUGUACCUUGUCAGGGUGCUUGUUGGCGAUUUCACUCAAGGAAAAAGAGGCCUUCUUGUUCCCCCUGCGAGGAGCUCCAAUAGUGCUGAUCUCUAUAACAGUGUGACUGACAACAUGAGCAACCCAACCAUGUUUGUGAUCUUCAACGAUGUACAGGCUUAUCCAGAAUACCUAAUCAACUUCCAGCAGGGCUGGGCCUAA